CCAGAGGAAUCAGAAGAACAGUGACCGUUCCGAGGAUAACAUCAGACCGAAAAACAUAUUCGCCAAGCCAGUGUUUCGUCCUAAAAAGUUUUGCAAAUAUGAAAUCUAUGUUGGUCCACAUAGUCCUAGUGAUUUUCAUAAUCGCCGAAUUCAGUACAGCUGAGACGGACCACGACAAGAACCGACGAGGUGCCAACAUGGGGCUCUAUGCCUUUCCGCGCGUUGGGCGCAGCGAUCCCAGUCUGGCGAACAGUCUGCGCGACGGAUUAGAGGCCGGGGUCCUCGACGGCAUUUACGGAGAUGCCUCCCAGGAGGAUUACAAUGAGGCUGAUUUCCAGAAGAGGGCCAGUGGUCUGGUGGCCUUCCCACGCGUGGGCCGCGGAGACGCCGAGCUGAGGAAGUGGGCCCACCUCCUGGCUCUGCAACAGGUGCUGGACAAGCGCACGGGACCCAGCGCCUCCUCGGGAUUGUGGUUCGGUCCCCGGCUGGGAAAGCGCAGUGUGGACGCCAAGUCGUUUGCGGACAGCUCCAAGGGACAGAAGGAACUCAACUAGACCCACUGACUCCCAUCCCAAUGGCGAAGCCCCCUUUUGACACUCUGAAUGUCGUGGACACUUUUGUAUAUCAAUGAGAACGCUUCUAAUUGAAUAUUGUAACGGGUAUACAGCAAAUAUGUUUUUCGGUCAAAUAUAUAUUAUGAAUAAGGGCUGGUGAGAGCUUGUAAUUAAUGUCCUUGCGUGUCCUUCUUGCCAUUUCAAGUAUGUAAAUAUAAUAAAUCAUAUAAAGUAGCCUGCUCAA